AUGGCGGGGGCGCAUGGGCACUUGCGCGAGCUGCAGGGACCUCUGCUCCCACCCAAGGACCUGCUGGAGGAGGACGACGACUAUCUGAGGGACGAUGCGGAGGAGGAGGACGACCCCGGCUUCGUGGACGCCGAGGAGCUGUGCAGCGGGGGCGUGAGGGCGGCCGGCCUCCCGGGGCGCCUGCGCGUUGUAAUUUUGGAUGAAAACACUCGAGAGCGAUGUGAAGUGUUUGGACGUUUUCCAAUAACGGGUCCUUGGUGGCGAGUGAAGGUAGAAGUAAAGCGUGUGGGAUCGAGGUGCUAUCAAGUUCAAGGAUUUCCAUCUUACUUUUUACAAUCUGAUAUGUCCCCACCAGAUCAACAACAUAUCUGUUCCCUUUUUCUUAAAGAAUGUGAUGUCUCCGGUGAUAUUAUAACUAAGUUUUUAGCAUGGGUAAAUGAAGUAUCAAGCUAUGAAGACCUCAACUUUGAAAAUCUUAGGGAAACAUAUAGAACUUUCCACAAGGAAAUUGGAAGGAAUGGUGAAAAACAGUCUACACAGAAUGAACAGGAGGAGUCAUUACCAGAUUAUGAGAGGAGCCUCCCUCUGGAAAACUCAAUUCCAUUUAGAAAUGUAAUGACAGCUCUGCAGUUUCCAAAAAUAAUGGAAUUCCUUCCAGUUCUUCUGCCUCGACACUUUAAACAGCUUGUAAACUCAGGUUCUCAAGAGGUGUUGGAAAAGAUAGAAGAGAUUUUAAGUACACAUCCAUGGAAACUUGGAUUUAAUAGAAUAACCUGCAGAGAAUUGAAGCUUUUGCGAUGUGAAGCAAGCUGGGCGGCAUUUUGUCAGUGUGAGGCUCUUCUCCGGUUGAUGACUGAUUUGGAGAAGAAUGCCUUAAUAAUAUAUUCUGAACUGAAGCAGAUAUGUAGAGAGCACGGGCACACGUACGUGAAAGAAGCUGACUUGACUCGUCUGUUGUCAGACCGUAUGUCUGUUGAGGGUGCUUGGCAGUCUCUGCGGUUUCUGAAGGAUGUUGGUGUGGUGACCUAUGAGAAGGCCUGUGUCUUUCUUUACGACCUUUACCAGGCUGAGAGAGGCAUCGCCUCUUCCGUGUGUGACCUCAUGACCAGGCCUCCGUGGCGUCUACACGUUGAUAUCAAAAAGGUGCUUGCGUCCAUUCACACCACAGAACCUGAGGAUUCAGGAGGUGAUGAUAUGUUGAAUGAAGGUGAACCGGAUGAAGCAAGGUUAGAAAAUUCCGUGGACAACCGGAACACACAGGACAGCGGUGACCAUGUUUGGGAUAAUGGUGAAAAUGAAGUUAAUGCAGAAAUAAGUGAAGUUCAGCUGGAUCCGGAUCAGGUGGCUGCUUUGGAGAUGGUUUGCUCCAAUGCUGUGACGGUCAUCAGUGGGAAGGGUGGUUGUGGGAAGACCACAAUUGUCAGCCACCUGUUUAAGCACAUAGAGCUGUUGGAAGAAAGCGAAGUGAAAAAAGUGUGUGAAGAUUUUGAACAAGACCAGGAUGUCUCUGAAGAAUGGCCUACCUUUAUAGAGCAGAGUCCACUGAAGGCGGACAAGGCUAUAGAAGUUCUCCUUACAGCACCCACAGGGAGAGCAGCUGGCUUGCUGAGACAGAGAACUGGUUUUAACGCUUAUACACUACAUCAGGUCAAUUAUAGCUUCUAUUUAUGGAAGACAAAAAUGGCGGAAAGGCCAUGGAAAUUUUCUUCGGUUAAAGUUCUGGUUGUGGAUGAAGGGAGUUUGGUAUCUGUGGGAAUCUUCAAAUCGGUUCUAAAAUUAUUGUGUGAGCACUCCAAACUUUCUAAGCUUAUUAUCCUUGGUGAUAUUAGGCAGUUACCCAGCAUUGAACCUGGUAACUUGCUGACAGAUCUUUUUGAGACUCUUAAGCCAAGAAAUUGUGCUAUUGAACUAAAGACAAACCAUAGAGCGGAAUCUGAGCUCAUUGUGGACAAUGCUACAAGAAUCUCAAGACGCCAGUUUCCGAAAUUUGAUGCAGAGCUGAAUAUCUCUGAUAGUGCAAUAUUCCCUGUCUCAAUACAAGAUAAAACAUUUAUUUUUGUCAGACUCCCAGAAGAAGAUGCCAGUCCUGAAUUAUCAAAAAAUGAUCAUCAAUCUCAUUUAUAUUCUGCGGUUAGAACUUUACUCCAAGAAGAUGACCUACGAGAUGCACAAAAAUCACAAUUUAUUGCCUUUAGAAGGCAAGACUGUGAUGUCAUCAACGCCUGCUGUUGCAAGCACUAUACAGGCCGCAUCGGCAAAGACCAUCAGAAUAGACUUGUAUUUGGAGUUGGUGAUAAAAUUUGUUGUACCAGGAAUGCAUAUCUCUUGGACCUACUCCCUGGAAAUACCUCCAGCCGUCAGCAAGAUAAUGAAUUAGAGGCCAGUGGUGCAGACUUGGAUGGUACUCCUCCCGGUUUUGCUAAAAAUAAGCAUGACCUGGAAAGUGGUAUUCGACUCUGCAAUGGAGAAAUAUUUUUCAUAACGAAUGAUGUAACUGAUGUGACCUUUGGAAAGAGAAGAUUUGUGACCAUUAAUAAUAUGGCUGGCUUGGAAGUAACUGUGGAUUUUCGGAAACUAAUGCAAAAUUGUCACAUAAAACAUGCAUGGGCGAGAACUAUUCACACUUUUCAGGGCUCUGAGGAGAAGACAGUCGUCUACGUGGUCGGGAGGGCCGGCCGCCAGCACUGGCAGCACGUCUACACCGCAGUGACCAGGGGCCGCUGCAGAGUGUAUGUCAUUGCAGAAGAGUCUCAGCUGCGGAGCGCAAUUGGGAGAAGAAGCUUCCCCAGAAGAACUCGUUUAAAACAUUUUUUGCAAAACGACCUCUCCAUGAGCUGUGCAACUCCAGCAGAUUUUGCAUCCCCAUCCAAGAGCUCUGGAGACAAUGGAGGACCCAGUGGAGCACCCAGCACACCGCCGUCAGCCUCAUCUACAGCUGACACGGUGACCAGUGCCGUCCCCAGAAGCGAGGCCUCUGGGGCUGACGACAGGGCGUUCUCCUUCCCUGGAAGGUGUAAAUUAUCUUCACCUGAUGAAAUGGAUACAGCUGAAGAUCCAUCAAAAUCGAGAGGGUCCAAAAGAUCCUGUGCCAUGAAUGACACUGGAAGUCCAAACAAACUUCUCAUGGUGCAAGAAUCUCCACAAGUGGCUUCCAGACUUCAGACUUUGAAACUAAAUAGUUUAACCCCCAGGCAACUUUUCAAACCCAGAGAUAAUCAAGAAGCUUAAUUUUCUUUCAGACUGUUCAAAAUAAUUGUCUUUUUUUUUUUCCGUUCAACACAAAAUGAACAUCAUAGCUUCAAAGUAUCAAGAUAAAUGAACAUGUCUAUAACUGGAGUUUUAUUUUAGGAUGUUUGUUAGUAGAUGUUUUAAAUUCAUUUGAUCAACGAAAACUUUAAUGAUUUGAACAUCUGUCAUCAUGAGAACUGGUAGCAUUGGACAUAAAUGAGGGAAAAAGAUGUUAUAUGUUUUUCUUAAAAAAAAAACUACUUUAAAAAGUGUUUUAUUUUUAGGAUAAUGCCUUAUUAACUUCUGUGAUCAUUGUGGAUGAUCUUUGCCAGUGGGUGGAAGCAAUGGUAAAGAUAAGCUGUAAUUGCGUCUCUCAUACGAUUGACACACAUUCCAGGACGUUGUGUCUUAUGCAAAGUGGUCAUCUCACAAGGCUGCCCCUCGCUCCAUCACUGCUGCCUGGACCCACCUCACCUUGGACUUUUCCUGGAAAUUCCUUCUGAGUUGCGAGAACAUUGUUUUUGUUUUCUUAAUUUGAGAUAUAAAUGACAUAUAACAUUGUGUAAGGUUAACAUGUACAAUGUGUUGAUU